AUGUGGCUUAAGGUGUUUUCCCGAGAGCUGACUGAUGAACUGAGAUUUGCAGAAAAUGACAUCAAAGGUAUGAACCAUCAAGAUAUUACUGACUUUGAUUUCCUUCAGGAAGUGAUGGAAAGGUCUCUUGGCACAAUCAUUGAGCAGGUAAAUGAAGAAUUGAAAUCAAAGUCCUCCAUCAGUUUGAGGAAAUCCAGAGAAAGGCCAGAUGAGAUUCUGACGAAGCAGUUGUGUGAAUGUUGCUGGGUGCAGUGUCCCUUCUGCAAAGCCAUCUGCACCAACACAAUGAAAGAUCACGAUGGAGAUCAUCAAGUCCCUUUUCACCGCACCAGUGGAAUCAAUGGCUGGACAUACAGAGGGACUGAUAAUCUUUGUAUUGGAUUUUGUACAACUUCAGUUGCCAGCAAUAAGCAAUUCUACCCCUCACACACCUGUAGUAAGGAGGAUUUAUGUCCAUAUAAACGAUACAGAGAAGCUGGUCCCAGAUACGCAUGCUGGAGUAUCACUCCUGAUAAUUCCCAGCUUCCGUACUGGAAGUGGUUUGUGUGCCGAUUUAAAAAUGACCUGGAGAUGUUUUACAAGAAAAAAUUCCAAGGACGUGGUGAUAUUCCCCAAGCCUGGAGAGCAUUUACAAAAGAACAAGCGCUCAUUAGCUUAGAGGGUUAUUGUGGAUUUUAG